AUGCCGCCAAAAAAGAAACAAAAGACGACAAAGGCUUUGCCUGCACCUUGCGAAGACGAAGAUCAAAGCGAGCCAGACCUUGGUCCCUCCAAGGCUCAUUGGAUUAAGGUGCAUGAUGCUUUGGCCCGAAUUUUCUCACACGAAUUAUUCAAAGACAUAUUGACAGCAGACCCUUUGUCUGUCAAAGAUGGCGGCAGAGAGGCAGCACUCGACGCUACUCAGGCUGCUUCGGCCUUGAAAAACGCUGGCGUCUAUAAGUGUGCCGCCAAUUUUUUCCAUCAAGACUUCCUUUUCAUGGCCACGCACAAAGUGCCUAUGAACGAAGCGCAGGUGCAGCAAAUCAAAGACUAUUGGUUUCCCAAAAAUGAACCGCCGUCAUUGUGCCCCUUUGUCAUCACAGUCGCUUUGGAAACCCCUGGCUGCAUCGGCCAACGUCCACAAAACGGUUUCCAACGUCUCAGUCCUCCAGAGCCGGUACACGCCUUGCUGUUUGCACUGGCUGAAGCCAUUGAAAGCAAAGCAAAAGUUGGAGUAUUGCGCGCUUUCAGAAGUUGCAUCCUCACUGCGACCUUUGUGUUCGAAAUCUGUCCUGUUGGUGAAGACCGCUACUGGCGUGCACAAAACAUUCGUGAAGAGAUGGUUGAAAAGGGUUUGUCGGUUCAGUUGUCAUUGUGUCAAGCAGUUUUGGAAUGGUGUGACCAAAACUGGCUCACUUCGUCUGCUUGGAAAUCAAUUUACGCCUUGCAAGCAUUGCUUGACAGAGGAGGCACGCCUGAGAUGAUUGCCUGGUCCCUGGAAGGGAUGGUGGAUGGCGUCCGCAUGUCUUUUCUAGAUGGUGGACACUUUGUUAUUAGCAAGCUGAAAGAUUCAAGGGCCAGCUACAUUGAAGUCCUCAAAAUGAAGCGCAAAACUUUGUUGCAUUUACUGAACACAUGGCUGAAUGACUUGAAGCUGGAGAAAAAAUGGAAAGACAACAUCAAGAGCUACUGCGGCUCCUAUGAGAUGUUGCGAAAGCAUAUUUCGCCAUACCCUGAUACGCAGGCUGAUACGGCCUGGUUGCUGGGUUGCCCGCCAAGUGUUUCUGAAAUUUGCGAGUUCCUGGAUCAACUUGUCUUUGGAUCCCACUAUGACGCAAGAUACAAGGAUGCAAUCAAGAGCAAACACGAGGUGGAAGAUUUCUUGAAUUACACAACUCUAAAGACCACCAUGGAAACCAUUGAAAAAAUGACUCGCCAAGAGGACAAGCCCGAGGGACUCAAUGGCGAUGAAGAGCAAAAAGCAAGAACGGAAGAGGAAAGACAGGAAACAGAACUGGAGGCUGCUUCGGCCUCUGAGGCUGCUGCGGCCUCUGAAGCUGCUCCGGCUUCUGAAGAAGUGGAAGACAAUGGUCUUAGUGAGGCAGACAAGGUCAUGUGGAGACAGCACAUGCGCAAGAUCCUCAACCAGCAUGUGCGAUUUGUCGCCGAUCACCGCACCAAUGUGGAAUUGGAAAGUGUCUUGAAAGAAACACCUUUCAUGUCCUUGCGCGGAGAUCAAACAGGAAUGGCCCUCUUCCACUUUGAUUUGAAAAAAUAUGGCGAGCCCACCACACGGCCAGACUUGAGAACCCCAACCUUUCGUGAAAACCUCUACACCCGGCUUGUCAAGAGCGUUCUUGCUGCGCGGCAAGACGCAAUGGGCACUCCCAACCCCAACCUUCAGGCAGGGGAAGUUGCAUUGAUUUUCGAUGCAGGAAAAAAAGGACUUAUGAAAAAGUUGCUCAGCCCAUGGAAAGAAGGAACAGCCAAAACCAAAGAGGAGGACGAAGAAGCGGAGGAUGAUGGAGAAGAAGAUGCAGAAGAGGAAGAUGACAAGCCGACCUUUUGCGUAGACACCCUGAUGAUUGGAUAUUCAGAGUCGUCGCUAUCCGCACGAAAGAAGCGGCUCCGUGGAACUUGCACUCUGAAGCAGAUGGAGUCAUGUCACAUUUUGUCAUCCAAAAGGUUGUCCCUGCCAAGCCGUGACAGAAAGCACUACGCAGGUUCAACCACUGGCGACUUGAUUUCCAACGUGCACAUGCCUGCUUGGUCUUCUGAGUGGCAGCUGCCUUGGAAAGAAAAAAAGGAGCUUUUGGGGAAAAAACACAUGAUAGCUGUCGGAGGUAAGACACAAAACAAGGAGGAAGAGAAGCAGAACAGCAGAUCCAGCAAUGGCUUGGAGCCAGUUUGCUUUCACAGUCCACCCUAUGAGCACUGCGACGAGUUGAUCCACGACUUUUUCGCGAAGAUCAUUAUCGAUCUGACACCUCUGGACGGCCGCAUGGCUUGGGCUGCCUUGCGAAAUCGGGUAGGGUAUGUCGGAGUUGCCUUCAACCCGGAGCACCAACGCCUUCUUGAAGACCGGCUGCUUGCUUUGCUUGAAAAGGAAAUGACAAACCCUGAGUCCAGCUUGUUUUCGUCAGCUUACAGUGAAGCCGUCGGCGGUGGCAGUGGUAAGGAUGAGCAGGAGGAAGGCGAAGAGGAAAAGGACGACAAUGACGAGGAAGACGACGACGUCUGGGAUCCUUUGGGAGACGACGACGAUGACAAUGAAGAGGACUAA